AUUAUUUCUGCAUUAGUUUGUGUACCUACUCGUGACAAAGGCGUCAGUACAUAUGCGUUGACUCAUAUAUAGCUGUUCUGCUUCCCAGUGUGCCUCAGCUGAACGGUGAUCACAUCCUAAGGAAAAGAAAAAAAAAUCUAUCACGGAUAUAGAAAAUUUGUAAACUAUCAUUGCUGCAAAAAGUAUUUUUCUAGUGAUGAUAGAAAAAUGUGUUCUGCAUAUAGUUAUUUUUUGACGAUGUGUCUAUGACCAAAUGACAUUAUCUGCUACUAUGUUGUGUUUCCCUUGAUGCAAUAUUUUGUCCCAGUUUCCUCACGUAAAAGUGUUAUUCUGUUACAUAACUGUUUGCUCUAGAUCAGCGUUCUGUUGUUCUCCUUAUCUUUCACUGCGUUCUUGUUUUGCCAGAACAUCCCUGAUUUGGUGACUUUAAUUGAAUGACGGUGAGCGAGAUGGAAGACAAGACUCAGCUGUGUGCGGUGGUGGUGGUGGUGAUACUGACAGCGGCGGGAAAGGAAGUAUGUGGAGAGCUUAUAGAUUACAAAGCCUGGCUUGGGGAGGAGCCACUGACGCCCCAGAGGAUUGUGAACGAUAUGGUAGAGUACUUCUCUGUGCGCGAUCCCCACGGCAUUCCUGUACUCAAUGUGCCAGAGCCCAUCCACAUCCCGGGGACGGUUCCUGCCUCUCAGAUCACCUUCUUCGAUCCUUACAUCUCCGGCCACUCAGGACUCAGGCUCGAGUAUGUCAACGUCAACCUCACCUCCCUCUCGGCCAAGGGCAAGCUCAGUCUGCCGUAUUUCAAUCUCCACGGUGGAUAUAAGUGGCCUGGUCCCUGGAGCAACAGUGAGGGCUACGCCAACAUCACUAUGAUUGGGAUAGAGAUGACACUCGAUCUUUUCUUCGGCAUCAAUGACGUCGGACUCCUGAGUGUCGAGCCAAAGAUGGACCUUGAGUUCGAGGACCUGAAACUAAACUUCACUGGACUCACCUACGCCCACAGCUUCGCCGUGUCGGCUGCCAAGACCUUCUUCAGUACAGGCAUCCAACCUAUCAUUUUCAGCAAAGUUCAGACAAAAGUUAAGAGCCUCGUCAACCAGCGCAUCGAAGAGCGUCUCCAAAACAUUACCUUCCCAGACUCAAUUUCUCCCGUGGACUUCGCCAUGGUCAAGAUUCGCAUGGACCUGAGGAAAACCUUGGAGCCGGUGAGGGUUGACGACAAGGAGAUGCACCUCACCUGGGGCGUGACUGUACAGGUGCAGAACAUUGAAGUGGCAGGCGUGACAACGCUUCACCGCACGCACGAGGUGUCUGCCCAGUUCAUAGACAAUGUUGUGUACGUCACUAUCCAGCUUGGGACACAGACACUGAAGGGGAGCGCUGACUGGUCCCUCUCCGCCUCACUCCUGCCAGCUGUCGGGGGUCAUCUGUCGCUGGAGAUAGAGAGCCUGACCGUGACGGUGGAGGCACAGCAGCCCGCCAACAUCAGGAGCCCGCCCACACUGAGGAAGAUUGAUAUAAAGCUAGGUAACUUGGCGGUGCGGUCAGACGGGGACGGCACGUUUGACUACCUGGUGGAGGCGCUGAUGAACGUCUUGCCCAACUUCCUCAGGAACCAGAUCAUGGACAAGGUGGAGCCCGUCAUACACCAGAAAGUGCAGAAAGAGUUCAACAAGUUUGACGUCUAUAGGAUGGUGAUGGACAGACUGGCGAAAAGGCAACAACAGCAGCAGCAGCAGCAGCAAUCGGAGGCGCCAGCUUAAUAAUUAACCCACACACACACAUACACUCACACGCACACACGCACAAACACACACACACACACACACACACACACACACACACACACACACACACACACACACACAGGUCGUCGUGGAAUGACUGCGUGUACAUGACAUUUGUAUAUAAUUUUUUUCUCAAAAAAGAAAAAAAAAUCUUUUUUAAAUCAAUGAUGAUAAUAGUAAUAAUAGUAAUAAUAAUAAUAAUAAUAAUAAUAAUAAUAA